UGUUUCUGUCUCUAUUUUUAAACUUAUUUUCAUGCUGCAGAGCAUAGCAGAGUACUUCGCAUUCUGCACACACAGACACAAGAUAGUACUACUCCACUCUUAAUCCCUACGCCACAUUCCACCAAAAUGCCGGUCAAGCGGAACCGCGCCGGGAGCUCCUCCGCCUACCUCGAGGCGUCGGUUGCAAGCGCCUCUUCCACCACUCCGGUGAAGGUCAUGAAAACAGACGCUGCCGCCGAGACGGCGCGGCCGAAGCUGCUCGACGUUGCUUCUCCGGUGAAUAUUGGCGAAUGUGCUGAUCGGAAGAAAAUUGGCGGCUUCCUGGAGCGGUGUCACUAUUGCAACAAGCGGAUUGCUCAGAAUUCUGAUGUUUUUAUGUACAGCAACCUCUGUGCUUUCUGCUCUGUCGAAUGCCGUGAUUUUCAGAUUAAUGUGGACAAAUUGGGAGGGAAAAAGCCAUAAAAUUAGCAAAAGAAGUUGUUUGAAGGGCAGAAGUGAAGUGGAAUGCUGAUCGUAUAUUACAUACCUGGCUAGUCAAAUACUAAUUGUAGAUGUGGGCUGUUGGUUUUUGAGGAACAGCUUGCGCUUCUGCAUAUAGGAUAGAAAGAGUAUAAUUCAUGUUAAUAGUUGUUACCUACACGUAUAGUUACCUCCCUUUGUUAGCAUGUUUCUGAAAGCAUAAAACUGGUUCCAGCUCUUUUGCUUCAGUUGCUAAUCUGGAGUUGAUACACUGCUAUUGAUAUCAUAUUAUGAAAAACUCUCUUUUUUGUGCAAA